CAUCAACUGGAGCAACUGGAGCAACUGGAGCACCCCCGCCGUCAUGCUGUUCAAUGCCAUGAGCAGUGUCACGCCCCUGCCCGACUUAGCCAGGACUUUGGUCUGCCCGGCAGCAGCAGCAGCAGCUCCUACAAUCUCAGCCAAGGUCUGUCGACGGUCCUGCCGCUGCCUUCCUCAGAGGCUGCGGAUGCGAAUGGGGCUGGGAAUGGUGCGGCGGCGGCGGCUGGAAUGGAGACAGCCGACUCGUUUGCAUUUGUGAUGCCCUGGUGGCGGCAGAUCCUGUGGAGCAUUCUCUUUGGCGGCAUGGUCAUUGUGGCAACAGGCGGCAACCUAAUUGUUGUAUGGAUUGUGAUGACCACCAAGCGCAUGCGAACAGUCACCAACUAUUUCAUAGUGAAUCUCUCCAUUGCGGAUGCGAUGGUCUCCAGUCUGAACGUCACCUUCAACUACUACUACAUGCUGGACAGCGACUGGCCCUUCGGCGAGCUCUACUGCAAAAUCUCGCAAUUCAUCGCCAUGCUGAGCAUCUGUGCCUCGGUCUUCACCCUAAUGGCCAUCUCCAUCGACAGAUACGUGGCCAUUAUGAGGCCACUGCAGCCCCGGAUGAGCAAGCGAUGCAAUUUGGCCAUUGCCGCGGUUAUCUGGCUGGCCUCCACACUCAUCUCCUGCCCCAUGAUGAUCUUCUACAAGACAGAGGAAGUGCCUGUGAGGGGCAACAGCACACGGACCGUCUGCUACCCCGAAUGGCCGGAUGGUCAAACAAACCAUUCCAUGCUGGAGUAUAUCUACAACAUACUCAUCAUGAUUCUCACCUACAUUCUGCCCAUUGUGUCCAUGACGGUCACCUACUCGCGCGUGGGCAUCGAGCUGUGGGGCUCCAAGACCAUAGGCGAGUGUACGCCCAGGCAAACGGAAAAUGUGCGCAGCAAACGGCGGGUGGUGAAGAUGAUGAUUGUGGUCGUGCUGAUAUUCGCCAUUUGCUGGCUGCCCUUCCACAGCUACUUCAUCGUGACGUCCUGCUACCCGGCCAUCACGGAGGCCCCCUUCAUCCAGGAACUUUAUUUGGCCAUAUAUUGGCUGGCCAUGAGCAACUCCAUGUAUAAUCCCAUUAUUUACUGCUGGAUGAAUUCGCGCUUUCGGUACGGGUUUAAGAUGGUCUUUCGCUGGUGUCUGUUUGUGCGGGUGGGCGCAGAGUCUCUCAACCGAAGGGACAAUCUUACUUCCCGGUACUCAUGCUCCGGUUCGCCAGAUCACAACCGCAUUAAGCGCAAUGAUACACAGAAGUCUAUACUUUACACCUGCCCCAGCUCGCCUAAAUCGCAUCGAAUAUCACAUUGUGGAGUUUUGCGCAAUGCGCCGCUGCGAUCCAGCCAGCAGCAGGAGGGCCUGCAUCGCCACUCGGCUCCAGCGGAUCACCUGAGCCACAGCCAAGGCCACAGCAACAGCAACAGGAAGAGAGUGGCAUACCAGCAGGAGCUGCAGCACCGCUGGACUGGGCAGAGCAGUGGUGCCAGUAAUACCAGCAGUUCCGCCUUGCCAAUGGAAAGUCAGACCACUCAGCUGCUCUCCUGACAGCCGGUCGGCCCGACGAGCCCAACGGUGCCGCUGGAAAGCGUUGAGAUGCAGAUGCAGACACAGAUAGUCUCCUCAUCGCCGUACAACAACAACUAUAGAGGCGCCAACCUGGCAGGCCGGACAGUGACAGGGACUGGCAAUGACAAGGAUGCAGCCGAUGACAAAACCUGGCUAUAAGCUUACUUUAUUUAGGUCUCGAAUUUAUACUUUUAGCAGGUUAGCAAAAGCUUAACACAAAUACUAAAGUUCCACCGCAGUCCUCCUCAAAGUACCAAUAUAUGUGAAUGAUCUGUUUUAACCCACCCGCAGUACCGCAGUACCGCACUACCCGACCCGCCCAUUGCACAUAUCCUACGGACAUAUGUAUGUACAUAUAUAUCGGUGGAUUUUCAUUUCACAGUGCUACUUAAAGCUCUUUUAAAACUAUGAUCCAUUAGGUCACAGAAUGGCUUUAACUCAAUUGCCAGAGCCGCUGAAUUUGCGGAGAGGGGAGGAUUAAAACUAAUAGUCGAAAUGGGAAGAGUUUUUCUUGUAUGUUUAGUAAAAAUGUUUGUCUGCAUAUGUAUGCAUGUAUGUAUGUAUGAAUAUCCAACCUAAAUUAAGUGUUCGAUCAUGUUUAAGCUGUAAAUACUGUACUGGUUCCUCGAAUUUCCAUUUCCCUCUACCCAAUCCAAUGAAUUCGCUUUAAGCUGCCGACUUAAGUUGUACCAAAUAAGUAACUGAGCAUCAAGCUACGAGUACGAGUACGAGUACGAGUAAGAGUACGAGUAAGAGUACGAGUAUGUUCAUGUAAAUAUAAAUCUCUGAAUGUAAACCUCUUUGCGAAUAAAACGA